UGUCCUUGUGACUGAAACCUGGACAAUUCAAACAGUACUAUUGACGAUGGUGAUAAUUUCAAGAGUGCUGUUGGCYUUAAUAUCGUUUCCUUUAUGGUGUCAGUCAAAUGCGAAGCUUAAACGAGUGGGGAAAAGUUUUUCUUUCAGUGCAGAGGAUUUUGAUGACCCACGUUAUAAAGGAGUAGAGAUAUUCGAUAGUGGACCUAUUCGUCGUAACUCCGAUGAUCGACAUGAUGGGACUGUAUUCGACCAAUUUGAUGAAGACCAUAGUCAAAGCUCGAAAUCUGGAAAAUCAAAUGCAUGUGUUGUGAAGACGAUCCCUGAUGGAUGUAAGCUCGUCAGUGACUGUGAUGUUCACUGUAGUAUUUCCAUGUUUGGACAUAAAGGACAAAUGGAAGUUGCUUUUCCUUGUAAAAAGUCUCUACAGCUCGUAGUUAACAUUGCGGUCUCACUUUUCAAAAAGAGAAACGUUUAUUCUUUAGCUGUCAAUUAUGUGAAUGGCACAGUUAUCAAAAACCUUGGACAUAGUAUUGGGAACUAUAAAUCGCAAAUCCUUUUCUCUGCUACUAUGAAAACAUUGGCUGAUGGGAAAGUUAUUUUUGAGUUGUAUUCAACUAUAAAGGGAGAUAUUCAAGGUUCGUGGAGUAACAUGGUCAAGACCAAGUUUAUCGAAGUGAGCAGAAACGCUCUGACAGACAAGUGCGAGUCGAAGGGAAAAAAGCAAGUAUCUGUAGAAGGUCCUUGUGCCAAGCUUAAACUCCCAUCAAUCUGUGCAAUUACACCAGACUGUAUGCACAUUUAUUGUGAGUUGAAAUUCGCCGGGCAAAAAGUUUCCUUCUCAUUCUCAAUCAACGUGUGUGAAAAUCCAAUGACACUGUCGGUUGGAGCUGAUAUUCCUACCUUACAUAUACACUGGGAGAAGAAAUUUAAAUCUAAGAUGAGGAUACCAAUUCCAGGAUAUGGGUUUAAUGCUCCUGGAAUCAGUGGUGGUGUACAAAUACGCGUACUAUUGAAACCCAAACGAGGACGUCUACAGCUAAAGAUUAAGCUACUGGUAGGAGCGAAGCUGGGCUGGGCCGAAAUUUUUCCACUYAAAUUGACAUUAGUAAGCCUGCGACUACCUAUCAAGAUAGCAGGAUGCGGAAAGACUUCACUUUUGGAUAGAAGUAAAAAGAGAAUAACUAGCUCUACUCCUACAACCGUGGUUUCUCACAAACGACCAACAACUAGUUUUACUCCUACAACGGUGUCCCAUAACUUAUCAAGGAAAAAGAAACAAUCUAACCCUACAAGUAGUCCUAGUACUAUUGCUAGCACAUCUCGCAAACUACCAAGACCAACUGAAGAUGAAGACUAUGACAUAUCUUUUGAAGAAUAAUCAAAMAAUAUCUAAUGGASUAGUGGCUCRUUUCUUUUCGAGAUGGAAUCCUACCAGCUCAUGACACAUCUCCUUCAACURUAUUUAAAGCUGGUUUCUGGCAAAACGAUCCCAAAUACGGACUCUCUUCGAUCAUACAAUUGCAAACAACAAACGCUCUUUUGAAUAAAUGGUCAAAUCAAAAAAUACCAUGGCACUCUCUUGUAUCAAUCAGUAUAGAGGCAGGUCCAAGCCUAAAAUACAUGUUUAAAGUUUCUGGAUCUGCUUUUGUAUAAUUCAUGGAUAACAUCGACAAGUCAUGUCUGCAGCUACUCAAAAGGCGGCAACACGAAGAUGCAAUAAUAUCUUCGAUCCCUGCUGAUACCAAAUGAUCGUUUGAAUUUAUGUCCGCCAUUGAUGAAAAACAACUUAGCAUGAAUAAAGUUUAUGUGUAGGUUAAAACAGAUGGUCGUGAUACAUCAGAAUUUAAAACAGAAUGACAGGUCUAUUUUAAAUUUUGAAUUUAGCCUGGAAAUAAACUCAUUAUUUUUCAUAA